AUGAGCAAAAUCUCAUCUAACCUGUCCAGACGAAACAAGAGCCUGAAGCAAUUGGUGCAGGGCGAGAGGGAAGCAGCCAUGCGUGCUGCAGGUGCAAAGUUCAAGGAGAGGAAGAGGAAGGAGGCUCUGCCGGCAAAGUCGAGGCUGGUAGGAGCAGCAUUGCAAGCGGUGGCGAGAAGAGAAGAGAGGGAGCGGCGGGCAAAAGAGGCUGCCGGCGCCGACGAAGGGAAGGAAGAGGUGAUAGAGGCUGAGAUGAAGGAUGAGGACGCGCAGGAAAAGGCCGUCGCGGAAGAGGGUGAGGACAAGAUAGUCGAGAACGAAGAUGGUGCGCCAAAGCGAGACAUUCCAACGUAUUCUUCGGUGGAAGCGCCGCCAAGUUUACGACCGGCGAAAAAGUACUGCGACGUGACAGGUCUCAUUGCACCAUACACAGAUCCCAAAUCAGGGCUGCGAUAUCACUCGGUCGAGGUGUACGAGAUCAUCAAACAAUUCGGACCCGGCGUCGACAAUGCGUAUAAGUCGCUUCGUGGCGACGGCUCCCAGAUCUGA